AUGGCGCUCCUCGGCAUUCCGGGUGUGCACUCUCGUCUAGGGCUUGACGAUUGUCUUCGCAUGCAAGAAAUGUUUGCUCCGCUCUCCUGUGCCUACGAACAACCUGCUGGUGUUCUCGCUAACCCAGUCCGCAGUUAUAACUCGCUUCCUUCCGAGCACCAUCAACCUACAGUUGAAGAUUCGCAACUACGAGGAGGAGCAGAAAUCAUCGCGAAGUACGACGAACAGGACCGAAUCGCGAUGCACCUACUCCAUAGCCAUGGUGUUCUUGAAUCCGACAACAUCAUGGUUACUCGCAAGAUUGUUAAAUCUCCCACGGCUACCAGCCCAGUUUUCGUGAAGCAGCCGAUGUCAGGUGCGAAAGCAUUGCGUGGCGGACCCUUAUCCCCUCGAGUAUUGGCGGCCAGAGAAGACAAGCGAGUGCAUCCUUGCGAACUGAAAGAGGCCAAACGACCACAAGAGGCUUUGGACAUCAAUAUUGAGUUCUUCCACGAGUUUGCAGAGUACGUGAAUUUACAUAAGAUCCACCAGGUGCUGGGUUUACAGCUUCUGGAUUCUGAAGAGUCCCAAGAUACCGAGCUAGUGGAGGUAGAGGAUGGCGCUGGAGGCACGGCAACCUUUUACAGCCAUGACGUCCCAGAUAGCGAACACACGCGGACAACUACGUGGGUGGUGGAGAAGGUUGAUGGGGUCGUCUCUUGGAAAGGAGGUGAAGGCCAUUCACGGAAACCGGGAGACAUUAAACACACUACAUUCAGCGACGGAAAGUUUAGCUGA